AUGAGCGGGAAAGACAUGAAGAAGCAAGAUCAUUCUUGCGUGGAAAAAGAGACGAUGCCUCGACAAAGUGUUGACCAUGGGACCUUGGAGCAGCAUCAUGCAGAGUCCAUGCCAUAUUCGGCUGCUGCAGAGAGAAGACUCGUGCGGAAAAUUGAUUUCACGAUCCUCCCAAUCAUGCUGGUGGCAUAUAUGAUGGCCUUUCUCGACAAGCAGACCCUCAACUAUGCAGCCCUGAUGGGACUCCAACAAGAUCUUCAUCUAGUUGGAUCUCAGUAUAGUUGGACGUCUGGAAUAUUCUAUUUCGGAUAUCUUUUCUUUUCAUACCCGGCGUCGCUGCUGAUGGUCAAGUUCCCCCUGGGCAAGUACCUAGCUAUCAACUUUAUAUUAUGGGCUGUGGUACUAGCCUGUCACGCUGCAACGAAAGACUUUGCGACUCUGAUGGUAACUCGUUUUCUUCUUGGAUGCACCGAGGCCAGUCUGUCCCCCGGAUUCACCUUGAUCACCUCACUUUGGUAUCGUAACUCGGAACAACCACUUCGUGCGGGAAUCUGGUUCUGUGGGAAUGCAAUCUCGGCGAUCAUAGGAAACUUGAUCGCUGUGGGGAUUUUGCAAAUCAAAGAGAAACUUGCUCCAUGGCAGUGGCUUUUUAUCAUCUUUGGACUCGCGACGCUUGCAUGGGGCAUCUUGAUGCUGCUUCGUCUUCCCGACUCGCCUACCAACGCCAAGUUUCUUACUGAUGCCGAGAGAGAAAUUGCUAUUGAACGAAUGAGAGCCAAUCAAACUGGAUUCAAAAACACCAAGAUUGACCGCAGUCAAAUUGCAGAAGCCUUUUUGGACAUUAAGACCUGGCUUCUUGUCGUUCUGAUUCUGGCGUCGAAUAUUCCCAAUGGUGGUUUCACCACUUUCAAUGGCCUCGUCCUGAAGGGCUUUGGGUUCGACACUUUUCAUACCCUUUUGCUUGGCAUACCCGGCGGAUUUAUUAUCUUUGUUGCUGUACUUGCGAGUUGCACAAUUUCAUCCAAAGUCCCCAAUAGCCGCUGUCUCGUCAUCGCCGCUACAAUCACAAUCAGCAUCGUCGGUAGCGUCAUGGUCUAUGCCGGCACCAGUACGGGCGUUCGGUACACCGGCCUCCUCUUGAUGGGCAUUUACUCCUGCAGCAUGCCAGUUUCAUUGGCAAUGAUCAGCUCGAAUGUGGGUGGUUUUACCAAGAGAUCCUCAGUGAGCGCCAUUUACUUCAUCAUGUACUGUGCUGGCAACAUCAUUGGGCCGCAAUUAUUUUUCGAGCACCAGGCACCCAAGUACCAAAGUGGGUUUUUGGCCAUUAUUAUCUGUCUCGCUAUUUGCGUCGCGACCGCGUUGGCCUUGUUCUUUUAUCUGCGCUGGGAGAAUGCGCGACGGGAUAAGUUAGGAUCCGCAGUUCUUCCCGGAGCUGCCGAGAUGAGCGAAAAAGGUGGCGCGGGAGUUGUGCAAGAUCUGGUGGAUACAACGGACCUGAAGAAUAUGAAUUUCCGCUACGUGUAUUAG